AUGGACAUCCAGGGGAAAAUUGAAACCAUAGAGAUCAAGGUGGAGUACCAAUGGAGACCUAAAAUUUGUCAUAACUGCUGCAUUUUUGGUCACAACAAGUCAACUUGUCCCAAACAAAGAACUGUGGAAAGCUGGAAGCCCAAACCAGCUCCUUUACAGGCCAACUCAGUUAGGCUAGAUAAGGGAAAGACAAUUGCAACUAUGAUUGGGUUAGAGCAGCAAGAGGCUGGUCAGACUCAAGCAAAAGAAUUGAUAGGAGGUUACCAAGCUUCUUCCUCCGUCACGGUCAAGAAUAAUAUGGGAAUGGUUAUCCAAGGUGGCGCCUCUAACUCUUCUCAACAAGAUAUUUUGGGUCAUGAUCACCAUAUCACUAAGAUAACAGUCAAUGAGAGUACCCCUCCUCAACUGCUCAUGCAAGCUGUGGAGAUUGAGCCUGAAGCAAACGUACCAAAUGAAACAAUCGAGGAUGUCCGUAAGGAGGAGGAACCAAUUAGUGCUAAGCUUCAACAAAUGCCAAACAAAAAGAAGAAAGGGAAGAAGAAAUACUCAAAGUCCAAGAGCUCAACAAGGAGGGGGCAAAUUGUGGUUGAUUUAAGAGUGGAGAUUGAGCCUGAAGCAAACGUACCAAAUGAAACAAUCGAGGAUGUCCGUAAGGAGGAGGAACCAAUUAGUGCUAAGCUUCAACAAAUGCCAAACAAAAAGAAGAAAGGGAAGAAGAAAUACUCAAAGUCCAAGGUAGCUGAGCACCAUUUGCUCAGAAAAAUCCAACCCCCUCAAUGA